CUUAAGCUCCUUCCCUUCAACAUCCACUUACUUUAAUAUGGAUCAAAUUUAUUUACAUGUUGUCUCUCUACUAGAAUACAGGCUUUUGGUCGCCUCGGCACUUAGCAGACUGCCUUGCACUUAGCAAGUGCUUAAUAAGUUCUCGUUGACUGGCUUACUGCAAAAAUGUAGAAGUGGGAAAUUGCAAGACUUGCUGGGUCAAGGGAUGCAGACGGUUUGGCGGAAGCAAAUGGGGCUGUUCCAAAAUAGCGGGGUACGGUGGGGAAGGUGGGCCGGGGCCAGAUUACAGAAUGAGCCGAGAUAAUACCUUUUCCCCCUCCAGACAAUAUGCCGGAGGAUUCUGGGACAAGGGGGACUCAAGGGCAAAGGCAAGUCGUUUUGGCUGGAUUUGCAGGAAGGACUGGAUGGGAGCGGAGCCGGGAUUCGGAGACUGGUGUAGAAAGCAACUGCGGCAGUCCAGGGAUAGUGAGCACCUGGUUAUUUUGCCAGGGUGGUGGGGAUGUGGUAGUGAGGCCUUCGGUAGGGCGGUCCAGCUGGUGGAGUAUUCUGAAGGGGCGCCAAGGGACAGAACAGAAUGGCCGAGAACGGCCGGUCCCUUCCUUCGUACUCCCAUGGAGGAAGGCCUCCCAAACCUGCCCAAGCCCCCCCGGAGUCCCCAGGAGCCUGGCUUGGGCUUCCACGCACGGAGGUGGUGAGGGCCUGGCCGAAUCACCUGGAAGAAGAGGUCGGGAGUGAGUCCGAUAAGGAAAAGCAUCGCGCUCUCUUCCCAAAUCCUCGACCUGCCGGUCUCCUUCUCAGCAGUUCAAAGGUCCCAGACUGAGCAAAGUGGGAGGUGGGGGAGGGGGGGAGAAAACAAACAAGUUCUGUCCGGGGAAGGAAGAGUACCUCACGCUGGCUUCUCCCUGGACAGCUCCCUGGCGGCUAGGACUGGAAAUGGGGCUAGGAAGGUGGCCCUGACUCAAGGUCAGGCGAUAGGCCAGGGAGAGGGCGAGAGGAAGGCGGAGGGACACGGGCAGGCUCUGAACGCCACCCGGGGACAAAGGAGGCUGCGGGACAAAGUUCAGAGCGCCCUGAGAGUGAGGAAGGGAGAGGGAAGGGGGCGGGGGAAGGGGCCGGGCGGGGCCCAACCGCCGGGAGCUGAGGCCGCCCGGGGAGCCUGAGGGAGGAGCUCCGGCAGCCAGCCUCAGGUUGCCCCCGCCUCUGGCAGGGGGCCGCGGGGCAAAGGCGGCCAGCUGGUCGCGACCCUGGGAUGCCGAGGGCGUGUCCGGGCCGGCCCGGGCAGCCGAGGAGGCGGGGCUGCGGAGCGCACCUGGACGGGGCCAGGGUGGAGUCGGGCCGGGCCCAGGGUGACCGCGGCAGGCCAGGCAGCUGGCAGCUCGGGGGCGGGCAGUGGGGUCUGAGAGCCGGGCCUUCCCUCUCCGUUUGCGGCUCCUGCCCCCUCUGCCCAAGUGCCCCCGCGCCCCACUCCGGCUCCUGGCGAGACUCGGCCGAGUGGGGGACAGCCGCCACCGGAGCCGAGGGGCCAUGGCUGAACCCCGAGGGGAGACGGAGCCGCCUCCGCUGUCGCCGCCGCCGCCGCCGCCGCCGCCGCUGCCGCCUGCGGCCGUCCACGGCGGCCGAAGCCAGUCCCGCAACCUGAGCCUGGAUAGCCGCAGCCUGGGUAGGGCCCCGCGGGAGCCCAGUUGGCGGACCUCGCUGCGGCUGUCGUUGGGGAUCCCGGGGCGGCGGCGAGGGGAGUUGAGGGAGCUGCUGGGGCUGCCGGUGGGGCUCGAGCGGGAGGACGAGCAGCCCGCGGCCGGAGCGGCGGCGGCUUCGGCGGCCGGCGGCCCCGGCGGGCUCUGCCUGGAACCCCGCGAGCACGCGUGGAUGCUGGCGGCCGCCGAGGGUCGCUUCGAGGCGCUUCAAGAGCUGCUGGAGGCCGAGCCCGGACUGCUGAACCGCGUCGACCCGCUCACGGGCUAUAGCGCCUUACACUGGCUGGCCAAACACGGCAGCCACGAGGGGCUCAUCCGGAUGCACGACUUCGCUCGGAGGCACGGGCUGUCUCUCGACGUGAGCGCCCCCGGCAGCGGCGGCCUCACCCCGCUACACCUGGCGGCGCAGCAGGGCCACGACCUGGUCAUCAAGGUGCUGGUGGGAGCCCUGGGAGCCGACUCCAGCCGCCGAGACCACAGCGGCCACCGCGCGUACCACUACCUGCGGCCCGACGUAGCCCCCGAGCUGCGGGAGCUGGCGGGCGCCGAGGAGAGCGAAGAGACCCCUAGAGCCACGAGCGCCCCGUCGGGGUCUCUGUGGCGCCGAGGCCAGACCGGAAACGCCAACAACAACUGCAGCAUCAGGCGCGGCAGCUGGAUCGCCCUGCUCCAGGAGCGGACAGACCGAGGGGCCCGGGGCGGGGACAAGGCCUCCAGGGUGUCCCAAAUUCAGGGAUUUUUCCGGCAACUGUUCUAUCUCUUCCAAGACCGGUGAGGGACUGGAAAAGCUUGGAAAUUUUCGGGGUGGCAGCGGGAGGGUGGCGGGAGAGGCUCUCCCUUCACCUCCUACUCUGAUUCUCCCCUACUUGGGGCUCGAGGUGCGGUGGGGGGGCGCAGUCUGUUGGGGCUCCUUCUGAGGGAUCGAGAAACCCACUCUCAGUUUAGGGGUUUGCAAACUGCUCCCCGAAGUCAGCAGAGUAGCGGUCAGACCCGUGUCCUUUCCUCCCACCCCACCCCCCAAAACCCUCCGGGUUUGUGAGCUGCUUAGGGGAGAUAGGGCUGAUCUAAACUUUAAGGCCAAGAGGGGCCUAACCUGCCCAACCUGCCACAAUCCUCUCAAAAAGUACCUCGGGUCCGGAGGAUAGGAAGCUGCUGUUGGGACCAGUUCUGACCUGAUGGGCCGGAAGCGUCGAAACUAAGGAAAGGGUUCUCAGCUGUGCAGGAGUGAAAUGCAAGACGCCAGACCAGCCGUUCUUGACGUUUAGUGAGGAACAUUUUCUGGGGUACUGGAGUUAACGCGGAAACCCCUAAGGCAGGAACAGCUCCUGACUGGCAAGGACGGUUCUAGCUGGAGUGUCAGACGGGAGGGCCAGUCCUGCUAGAAGGAGAAAUUCAGUCACAGAAUUGACUUCUCCUGAACAUUAAAAAUGGGAAUUUUCUUUUUUUUAA